GAAAAAAAAAAAGUGCUUAGUGACAUUCAGGGUAGUAAUUCUUUCUGUGUCUUUCGCACUGACCAUAGGUCAUUUGAUGCAUGAAGGAGUGAGAAGUUCCAUGUGUGAGAAGUUUGGCUGCCUCUCUUGAGACACUUGGACGGCUCUUAGAUGUGCACAGUGCCGUAUGUACUUUAAGUGGACUUCUUUUCACAUCGCUGAGAAAGGCUUGAUUGAAGUAUUAUGCAGCAGCCGGUAGUCUCCUGCUGUAUGCCAACAGAGGAAAUCGAGAAUGCGUCUCUUCCUGUGGGUUGGAAGAGCUACAGAUCACCUGAGGGACGGAAAUACUAUGUCAACACAAGCACUAAAGAGACAACUUGGGAACGGCCAAGCACAUCCACCACCAUCUCAAAGGCUACUGGGUCUCACCAGCAUUCAGUAAAUGGACGUCAGCCUCUCGGAGCCUCUGGGCGUGUGCUGGAGCAUCCAGAUGUGUCCCUUAGGAAAACCAACAUCAGCAACCAGAGCCCAGGGUCCACAUCCCCGGCCAGGAGGCAGAAUAAGGAGAAGGAGAUCAAGGAGACCAAAAUCACUAUCAACUGCGUCACCUUCCCUGUGCCCAUGUCUACGCCGGAGCAGCAGCUUCUCAAGCCCAAUGAAUGGAGCUACUGCGACUAUUUCUGGGCCGAUAAGAGGGACCCUCAGGGGGCCACAGUGUCAGGGUUCGAGGUGCUGCUGCAGAAACAGCUGAAGGGGAAGCAGAUGCAGAAAGAGAUGGCAGAGUUCAUCAGAGAAAGGAUAAAAAUCGAAGAGGAAUAUGCCAAGAACCUUUCCAAACUCUCCAUGUUUCCAAUGGCAGCACAAGAGGAAGGGACUCUUGGAGAAGCUUGGGCUCAACUCAAGAAGAGUCUAGCUGACGAAGCCGAGGUCCAUCUCAAGUUCUCCUCAAAGCUCCAGAGUGAAGUUGAGAAGCCUUUACUAACCUUCAGAGGGGACAACUUUAAGAAGGACAUGAAGAAAUACGACCACCACAUCGCUGACCUGAGGAAGCAGCUGGUCAGCCGUUAUGCUGCAGUGGAAAAGGCAAGGAAGGCUCUAGCAGACAGACAGAAGGAUCUUGAGGUGAAAACACAGCAGCUUGAAAUCAAAUUGAGCAACAAAACAGAGGAGGAUAUUAAGAAAGCCCGACGGAAAUCCACGCAAGCAGGUGAUGAUCUGAUGCGCUGUGUGGACCUUUACAACCAGGCUCAGUCAAAGUGGUUUGAGGAGAUGGUCACCACAAGCCUGGAGUUGGAGAGGUUGGAGGUGGAGCGGGUAGAGAUGAUCCAGCAGCAUCUGCGUCAGUACACCACACUGCGGCACGAGACCGACAUGUUCAACCAAAGUACGUUGGAGCCGGUGGACCAGCUCCUGCAGAGUGUGGACCCAGCCAAAGACAGAGAGCUCUGGGUAAAGGAACACAAGACAGGAGAUCUGAGACCUGUGGACAUGGACAUCUAGACCACACACACACACACACACACACACACACACACAUUAUACUAUAUGAAUCUACCUGCAUGCCUGUCUACCUGAGUACUUCAACCUCUCAGCCAAAGCCAUACAGGUAUCAUCCCUUGAAGCACUGCUUGUUUUGUGGAUUUCCACUGAAAAUAUUAGAUAAUUACAAAAUCAAAGCUUUAUAGAAGAUUUUCUUAGUGUCAUGUGGAAUGAGUGGCAGGAAAGGACAGCAGCCACAUUAUGAAAUUGAGUAGACUUCCAUAUAAUCCUGCAUGACCAUUGAAUAACUUCAAGAUGCUACUUAAGACUUCCCAGUAUGUCUAUUACAUUAACAUGAAUAAAAUAGUCAAGGUUCCAUUGAUAAAGAUCUGAACAAAUACUGUACAGUAAAACACCUGUUCGUUUGAUUGCCGCAGUGGAUGCCUGUUAAACAAAUUUCAUCCAAUCAAUUCUUUUUUAUCUUUUUGGUGUUAAAGUGAUAGUGUGCUCACAUUGAACUACACACCUAGUUGCAGAUAUUUUCCUGGACUAAAGUGUGUGUCUUAAGCUGCAUUCACACUGACAGCGACUUUGUCGCUGCAUGUCGCCAGUGGCUGGCGGUGAUGUCGCUAGUGGACGUUCCCUAUACUGGUUGCCUAGUGUUGUUUAUGAAUGGCAUUCACGGAUGUUAUUCCAUGUUGUAGACACCGAAUCAGUUUUCUUGCCGCUAAAAACAAACAUUUUGGAGGGAAAAGAUUAAAUAUAAAUGGAAUCAGUACAUAAAAUGCUUUAUAUUAAAGGGUUAGUUCACCCAAAAAUGAAAUUUCUGUCAUUUAUUACUCACCCUCAUGUCGUUCCACACCCGUAAGACCUUCGUUCAUCUUCAAAACACAA